AUGGUUCAGAGCACUCGCCAAUACGAGUGCAUUGUCUUAGGGGCCACUGGCUACACAGGAAAAUACACCUGUGAGCAUAUUGCCUCCAGUCUGCCGACUGAUCUAAAGUGGGCCGUUGCCGGACGUUCAGAGAGCAAGCUUAAGCAAGUCGUGGAUGAGAUCCGGCCGUUAAACGCAGAUAGGCUCCAGCCUGCAAUCGAGGUCGCCCAGCUCAGCAAAGACGAUCUAGUCGCUCUGGCCAGGAAGACUAAAGUCCUCAUCAGUACUGUGGGACCGUAUCACAAAUAUGGCACGCCGGUUGUUGAAGCCUGUGUAGAGACGGGCACUCACUACCUUGACUGCACAGGAGAAGUGCCUUGGGUCUAUGACUUGAUUCAGAACUAUCACACAAAAGCACAGCAGAACGGCGCUAUCAUCAUCCCUCAGAACGGCAUUGAGAGUGCGCCUACAGAUCUCAUGUGCUGGAGCCUGGUGUCACAUCUUCGACAGACCCUCGGUGUUGGCGCGAAGGAAAUCGUGCAGGUCACUUACGACAUGAAGGGCACGCCCAGCGGCGGCACACUUGCAACAGUCUUGACCCUAUUCGAUUCAUACAGCCUCAGCCAUCUUCAGAAGUCCGGACGUCCAUGGUCUCUCAGUCCGAUCAAGCGCUUAGGUAGUGUUCCCAGCCGUCCACUGCUUGAGCAAAUUACUGGUGUGCGAGAAGUCUCGGACCUUGGUACUUUGACGGACAGUCUACAAGGCCCUGCCGAUAUCCCAAUCGCCAACCGAUCUUGGGCCUUGAUAGAAGGCGGCAAGUUUUAUGGCCCAAACUUUCAUCUAACCUGCUACACUCGUACACGAAAUGCAGUCACAGGGCUCCUCGUGCACGUGGCCAUGACUGUAGGUUUCCUUGCUAUUCUGUUGCCCCCGGUACGGUGGGCUCUGCAGCGCUUCGUCACGCAGCCUGGAUCAGGUCCAAGCAAGGAGGACGUUAAGAACGACUAUGUCGAGUGGCGUGCCAUUGCCCAUGCGGAUGUCCAAGACUCGAACGAUCCCAAACGAGCGGAAGCUCGCAUGCGAUGGCAGGGCAGCAUGUAUCUGCUGACAGGCGUCUGCCUGGCUGAAGCUGCGGUGACUAUAGCUCGAAACAAAACAAUGGCACAUGAGCUCGGUGGCGGGGUCUUGACUCCUGCAACUCUGGGUGCGCCGUACCUCGAGCGUCUGCAAAAAGCUGGGGUCGAGCUGGAGGUCAAGAUGUUGCCAUGA